CCAUGGAGUUGGGGAAGAUUCAUUUGAAUCUAAAGACAGUACUGCUGACGAUGAUGAUGUUCAAAUGGGGAAUCCUGUGCACAGCCACUUCAGACAAAUGUUUGUCUGCGCCCUGCCAGAACGGAGCCACCUGUGUGGACACCAUGGAUGACUAUGCCUGUCUCUGUGCCAGAGAGGGGGUCCGAUACAUGGGCAAAGACUGUGAUGAGCUCUAUGACGCCUGCUCCUUUGCCCCGUGUGACGACUGCACCAGCACCCCGGGCAUGGCAGAAUACCACUGCAUCUGCCCGGACGGAUUCACAGGGGAUAACUGCACCGACGAGGUGGACGAGUGUCAGAGCAACCCGUGCUCUGAGCCCCGUUCUCUGUGUGUAGACCAGCUGAAUGGAUACUUCUGCAGAUGUCCUCCUGGGUACGGAGGAUGGGACUGCAGGACACAUGUGACUGACUGCAUCGAUGAACCCUGCAGCAACAAUGGCACCUGUGUGUUGAGACCACAGGGCUUUGAAUGUCGCUGUGCACCGGGGUUCGAGGGGAAGACCUGCGAGGAAGAUGUGAAUGAGUGUUUGUCAGAGCCCUGUCAGAACGGAGCUAUCUGCAUCCAAGGAGUGGCCGAGUUCCACUGCUUCUGUGUGCCGGGGUUUCAGGGUUAUAACUGUGAGAUCGACAUCAACGAGUGCGCCUCGCGACCCUGUGAGAACAACGCCACCUGCAUCAAUGAGAAGGACCACUAUGAGUGCGAGUGCCUGCUGGGCUUUGCAGGAGUCAACUGUGAGGUGGAAAUCGAUGAGUGUGAGUCCGGCCCCUGCCAAAACGGGGCCACCUGCCACGAUCUGGUCAGCACGUACUCGUGCGAGUGUCUGCCCGGCUUCGAUGGCAUCGACUGUGAGCUGGAUGUGGACGAGUGUGCCAGUGAGCCCUGCCAGAACGGAGCCCGAUGCCAUGACAUGGUGAACAGCUAUGAAUGUGACUGCAGCGAUACAGGAUUCCAGGGGGACUACUGCGAAGUGGACAUCCCUGAGUGUGCCUCCGAUCCCUGUCAGCACGGCGCCUCGUGUUCUGAGGGAGUCCAAGGAUACGCCUGCCUCUGCUGGCCAGGUUAUGAAGGACCAAACUGUGAGAUAGACAUCGAUGAGUGUGGCGAGCAGCCGUGUGAGAACGGUGGCGAGUGUUUCGAGCGCUCCGAUCCGUCCCACUGGGAGCUGGACUGGGAGCUCAGCUUUGCAGAUGCAGCUGGAUAUAUCUGCCAGUGUCAGCCAGGCUUUGCAGGAGAGAACUGCUCGGUCAACAUUGACGAGUGUGAGUCUGAACCGUGCCAGAAUGGAGCCACUUGUGAGGAUAAGAUCAACGGCUACACCUGUGCAUGCGCUGCUGGAUUUUUAGGUGAGCUGUGUGAAGUCAACAUUGAUGAAUGUGAGAGCCAGCCGUGUCAGAACGGGGGCUGGUGUGAGGACGGCAGGGCGUCCUACACCUGCCACUGCCCUGAGGCCGAGCCAGGUGAACUUCCAUGGGGAGGGGAUAACUGCCAUGUGAAACUCUACGGCUGUGUGGACCACGAAUGCCAGAACGGCGCCACGUGCCAGGCGUGGCUGGAGGCUGGAGAACACGGCCAAACAUGCUUGUGCCCUCAUGGCUUCUAUGAUGAGCAGUGCUCCACCAGGACUACUUUCUCCUUCUCCAGUCCUGGAUUCAUCCACAUCCAGGUUGUUCUAGAAGAAAGGACCCGCAGGGAGGUGGAGCACCGUGGUCACCAUGGUUUCGGAGUACAGCUACGCUUCCGCACGACUAUACACAAUAUGUUGCUCUUCUACAGAGGGGACGUGGACAAUCACCUCAUCUUGGAGAUUGUGAAUGGUGGUCUUCACGCAAAGGCCUUUUGUGAGGAGUCUGAACUGGAUGUAACAUUUCCUGGUUUGGUCAGUGACGGAGACUGGCGGGAUGCUCAUGUGUUUGUAGAUAAUGAAGGCCUGGUUCUGAUUGUGAAAGGCGCUGGCUGUGACAGGGACGGGUGCACAGUCACAGAUGGUGGUGCUGAUGAACCAGCUUUCCGGCCCUCUGAAGCCUUCACUCAGGUGUAUGUAGGUGGAGCACCAGAGCAGCUUUUGGAGUACUCUGAGAGUGGUGCAGGCUUCAUUGGAUGUAUGGAAGACCUGAUGAUCGACUCUAAGCCUAUCCUACCGCAAACGCUUCCAGAAGACCAAGGCCAUGAGCUGGGCUGCAGUAAGACUGAGUGGUGUCAGCCAGACCCCUGCUAUGGACAUGGACGCUGUGUGGACCUGUGGACCAGCUACCAGUGUGACUGCUACCGGCCCUUCCAUAGUGAGCGCUGCUCUCAAGAAUUCCCUUCCUGGACAUACAGCCAUGAGGACACAGGGAGCUUCAGUGUCUACGAUGUAGGUCAGAGCCAUGAGAGCAACUUCAACGUGUCCUUCUUCCUGCGCUCCUUAAAGCCAGACGGGCUGCUGUUCCAGCUCCGGAGAGCCACAGACGUCUACUUCUCCGUCUACCUGGGGAUGGGGAGGGUUUUUGUCAGCUCUCUGCCCAACAGUGCCCCACUGACAGCUCCGAUAUUUGUGACUACUGGCGAGAAGCAACUUCUACAGGUGGAAGUCCAUCACAGACAGGUGAUCUUUGAGCAUGCAGGACUUAGCUAUGGAAUAGGAGAGAUCCCUGAAGUGGAUGUUAAGAGUGGGGAUCAGGCCUAUGUAGGGGGACUUCCAGGAGACUGGGACUCUGACAUGUGGGGAGGGCAUUACAAAGGUUGCCUGCAGGACCUUCGGUUAGACUCGGUGCAUCUCAAUGUGGAUGCCUGGAACAGCUCGGAUGAGGAGGAAGUGUAUUUACCAAGUGAUGCUGAAAAUGUACAGAAGGGCUGUGUCAGUGAUGACACUUGCAAGAUGAAACCUUGUCAGAAUGGAGGAGAAUGCACCAUCACAUUCAACGAUUUCACGUGCUCUUGUCCGGAGGAAUACACCGGAAAGACCUGCGAAACCCGUGUGUGGUGUGUUAGUGAUCCUUGUGUAAACGGCGGCCAUUGUGUGGACCUUCCUGAUGGAUAUGAAUGUGUGUACAAUGCCACGUUUGAGAACAGCGCUGUGCACUACAGUGCUGCAGGCUCACUGGCUGAACCGGUCUCUAACAUAUACAUGGAGCUGCGCACUCGUUCAGAGAACGCUGUGCUCCUGAGGGCCUCCUGGGGCUCGGACCUGCUGCUGGUAGGUCUGCUGGACUCCUCAGUCCGGGUGGAGAUCCACAUUGGCAACAGUGUCGAGGCGCUGACCUUUACAGGAGUUCGUCGGGUGGCUGACGGGAGCUGGCAUCGCGUGAACAUCUCAAUGGCUGAGAAGGAGCGCAAAGCCUCUCCCUGGGUCAUCACCGUGGAUGGGAUCACAGACGCCAGCAGCGGGCCAGAGCGCACAGGAAGCCUUGGCUUUCUCAGGGAGAAGGGGGCCAUGCUGGCCAUCGCAGAGAGCUUCACUGGCUGCUUGGGUGCAGUGAGGCUCGGCGGAGUCUACCUGCCUUUUGUCGAUGACUACAAAGCCCCGCAGCCGUCUCAGUUCCACUUAGCUGGAAAAGCAAAGAUUCGUUUGGGUUGUACCAGUGCCCCCGUUUGUGAUUUAGACCCUUGUAUGAAUGGAGCCACCUGUGAAGACCUCUUCAAUAAGUUUGGCUGUGUGUGUGACUCGGGUUGGGAAGGGGAAGUGUGUGAGACAGACAUUGAUGACUGUGCGUCUCAGCCCUGUGUUCAUGGAAGCUGUAAGGACUACUUAGCUGGUUACGAGUGCCGCUGCCACCCUGGAUAUGCUGGCCCACUCUGUGAAGAGGAUCUGGACGAGUGUGAGCAUCACGCCUGUGAACAUGGAGGCACCUGCCAGGAUGGCAUCAACAUGUACACCUGUACCUGUCCCAAGGGCUACAGUGGCCCUCUCUGCCAGUGGGACUAUCCUCCGAUCCAGUGUGGUGAAGAUGUGCAGUGUGAAAAUGAUGCUAUCUGCAAUGACGGGCUGUGGGGAGCUAACUGUACGUGUAUGCCAGGCUUUACAGGCAGCAGGUGUGAACUGGAGAUUGAUGAGUGUGAGUCUAACCCCUGUCGAAAUGGGGGUUCCUGUUUGGAUCGGUUCAACAUGUUUGUGUGUGAAUGCCCGCCCGGUUACAGCGGUCCAAUCUGUGACACUAACAAACAGGCCCAGAAACGAGGCAUCCCCUGGCUGCUGGUGGCCAUCCCGCUGCUCUGCUUCUGCGUGCUGAUCCUCACCAUCGGCCUGGCCUUCAUGGUGCUCACAGCCAGGAAGAAGCGCCAGUCGGAGGGCGCAUACAGCCCCAGUGCUCAGGAGGUGGCGGGAGCUCGGCUGGAGAUGGACAGCAUGCUCAAAGUGCCGCCGGAGGAAAGACUCAUCUGA